AUGGCCGCACAGUCCGUGCCGGUGACGCAGGCCUCGAGCUAUUAUGGCUCCGAAGUCGAGAUCGAUGUCAAGUCUAUUGCUUCCAUGAGCGACUACGGUUCACAGUUCGAAGUGACUGAGAUUGACGAGGAUACGCUGCUGGCAAGCACCCUCGACCCAGAUACCCAGAACCGACCCAGAUAUACGGAGAAGAACUCUGUACUACCAAGCAUUGAGUUUGAAGGGGGCGAAAUUGAGGACGAAGACCAAGAUGAUGUCGUUGUCGUACACAGGCCGUCUCUGCUGCGCGUGGCGAGGAGAGACCGGCGCAGCGCUGCGAACAUCGACACGCGCAGAGAUAUCCAGAGCUCACCGGUUCGAGAGACGCUGGAAGUCGAGUACGACGAAAGGUCGCGUCGGGCAUGGAGUGUUCCUCUUGAAGAACCGCAAUCAGCGCCUCAACCAAGCAGAACAAAGUUCUCGCGGGCAAACUCUAUUCCAAGCAAUUCACGCACACUCUUAGUUCCCGAGGCUGCAGAGAACGACACACGCCCGCCCCUCGUGCGCUUUCGUACAAAGCCCAAGAAGCCACUGUCUGUGACCGACCUCGUCUCGCCAGCAUGGUGCGAGCUGCAGUACUUCUACACUUUGUCGACGUUCGGGCGUAAGCCGCGGACACAGGCCAUGCGCACUGGGUCCAAGAUCCACCAAAAGCUAGAAGACGAGGUGCACACGACGGUACCAGUGCAGAUACAAACCAAAGAAGACCGCUUCGGUCUGCGGAUGUGGAACACAAUAUCCGGGCUGCGAUGUCUUCGCGAGACCGGACUGACACGAGAACUCGAAGUCUGGGGUGUAAUCGAGGGACAGGUAGUGAACGGUGUAAUAGACGAAGUCUCUUACGAAUGUCCUGAUCCAGACUUUGAGGAACAAGUCGAACGGUCGAAAGCACAGAAGAGUGGCGGCACAGUGCCAUUACCAAAUGACCAACCCGGUAUUGCGCAAGUCUUCGCUAAGGUUUCUGAUGCAGACAACAACGGCGAUGCUUGGAUAGGCAGUCUCGAACCAGACAGGCAGAUCUACAUCACAGAUGUCAAGACACGCGGUGUACGCACAAAGCCGACCGGCGCAUCACUGCGACCAACAUGGAUGCAGCUUAUGUUGUACCGCAAGCUCCUCGAAUCUCUGUCUCUCAACACCGUCGAUGCCGAGACCAUCUUCGCACGCUAUGACCUCAAGCCCUUAGAGUCCUUCACAGAGGUCUUUCUGCAAGAUAUCAGCGACAUUGGCCCAGAGAACGAAGCCGCUCAGUUUCCUAACUUGCUCUCGCUGUGGUCGCUGCUUGUCACGGAGAUGCAGCUUACCAUUCCUCCAUCGAGUCUCUCGUCUAUCCUUCGUGCUGAGUUCCGCUAUUCAAAGACGGGAGAUGUGAUUGGUAACGAGCUCACUCUGUACGAAACCGAUGUCAUUGAGAAGUACAUCGAGGAUGAGAUGGCUUGGUGGAAGGGCACCAGAGAAGCUAAGGGUGUGGAGAUUGAAGAAGCGUUCAAGUGCAGGAUAUGUGACUUUGCGGAGAACUGUACCUGGCGGCAGAAAAAGGUUGACGAGGCUGUUGAGAAGAGUAGACUUAGGCGGACGGGGAGGGAGAAGAGCGCUGUUUGA